CAAUUACAUAAACAUUAUUUAUCUCCAACAAUGAAAAUAAAGUUUCAUUGCUUGUGCAAUAUAAAUAAACGUUAAUAUUGAAAGAGUUACAGAAGGAGUAAUCAAAAUUGGGAAUUGGAGGAAAACCCAGAAAGUGUGGAGGGAGAAGGAAGUGAUUGGGAUUGGGAUUGAUCAUUGAUAUUGAUGCGGGGUUCCAUUGCCUGCAAUAGUACACGAUUUCUACGCCACUUCCCUCUACUUUUCUCUUCUCCAACCACUGCGCCCACCGCCCGCUCUUCUUUCGCAUCCUUUGCUUCUCGUUCUAACCCAAGUGGUGGCAGCGGAAGAGAUAUGGAAAUAAAGAGUGAUAGGGAAAGAUCAAGAGGUCGUGGUGGAGGAGGAGGAAGAGGAAGAAGUGGUGGCAGUGGCUCUGGCUCUGGUAAAGAUAAGAUUGAUGCACUUGGUAGAUUAAUGACUCGUAUUUUGCGCCAUAUGUCAUCUGAAUUGAAUUUGAGUAUGCGAAGUGAUGGAUUUGUGAAGGUCAAUGAUAUUUUACAGCUGAAUAUGAAGACAUUUGCCCAUAUUCCUUUAAGAUCACAUACAGUUGAUGAUGUUAGGGAGGCUGUACGGAAGGAUAAUAAGCAGCGGUUUAGUCUCCUAGAAGAAAACGGAGAGCUUUUUAUACGGGCAAAUCAAGGCCACUCUGUAACGACAGUUGAGACAGAAAAGUUAUUGCAAGCCAUAGUAUCAGCUGAAGAAAUUCCAGUGUGUGUGCAUGGAACUUACAGGAAGAAUUUGGAAUCCAUUUUACAGUCGGGUCUCAACCGCAUGAAAAGAUUACACAUCCACUUCUCUCGUGGCUUGCCAACAGAAGGCGAAGUCAUUAGUGGUAUCAGGCGAAAUGUAGAAGUCUUGAUCUAUCUUGAUGUGAAGAAAGCUUUGAAAGAGGGUAUGAAGCUCUACAUCUCAGACAACAAGGUGAUCUUGAGUGAAGGAAUAGAUGGUGUUAUACCUGUCAAGUACUUUGAAAAGAUAGAAUCAUGGCCUGAUAGACAGCCCAUUCCUUUUUAAUCUUAUGAUAAUACUCACUUUGAUAUGAUCAACUGUGGUGCUUGAGCUUCUCAUUAGGUUAAAGGUUCACUCAGUUUUCCUUCCUCAGUUGAAAUGAAAUGAAGAAAUCAAUUUUUAUGAUUCUUGUAUUUAUUUGUUAUGGUUGUUGACAUAUAUAGAUGAGCUUGAAUUUGAAUUUUUUGUGAAUUAGUAAAAUGAUCAUUGAAUUUGAAUACAAUUUCCAUGAUGCUUGUA